AUGGACGACCCGGGGCACGACAAUGACUUUGUGGACCUGUCGUCGUUCGACGACGACUCGUCGGUCAUAUCUGUGAGCAAGAUAACCCUCGAUUCCAGCGUCGUUGCGAUUGGGAGGCAACUGGGAGCACAACUAGAGAGCCAACUAGAGGGCAAUGGAAGGCGGUUGCAGAUGGGCAUCAAUACACGAGGGCUCGAGGCAUUCGGCCGCAAAGUCACGACUACGGCCUCGCACCUCAUAGCCCCGCGGACCGACCCCGCGUCGCACCCCACGUACCAAACCGCCAUGACCGAGGUACACCGGCAGCUCCGCAGGCCGGGCUUGCAGCGGACCAUGUUCUCCAUGGCACGCACGACGCCAACGGAUUUGGUCCGGUCGCGCCUCUCGACCAAGGAGAUCCAGUCGCGGGCGUUGGCGUACGUGCCGGAUGAGCUGCUGCAAAACAUACCCGACGGCGAUAGCACGUACUCGCUAUUUCAGGGUUUCCAGGCCAGCUUCCCGGAUUUCACCGACGAGGGUAAAAAGCACAGGCGGCGUGUUUCGCGGGGAAGAAAAUUGCUCGAUGAGGGCCCGACGAUGCCUGACGGGACUCCCGAGUCGGUACAGAAGCUCAAGAAGGAGAAGGCGUCCAUGAUGCACCAGUUCGAGAUGCUUGGCGUCCGCAAGAACAUGGCGAGCAGCGAGAUCCGCGAGAUCGACGCCAAGAUGGAGAACUUGGCGGGCAUGCGCCGGAUUAUCCUAGAGAGGCUAGCGACUUUGGAGCAGGACGAAGCGAUACUGGAGCAUGACAUCGUCGAGGUCGAGGGCAGGCUAGAAGAGGCGCAGGACAUGGUGGUCGAGGCCGAGGAGCUGGCACUGCAUACCCCUGCGAAAUCAGAAGACGAUGUGGCAUCAGAAAAAGGCGACGCACCCGGGUUCAUGUCUCAGUCCGUCUACGAUAAGCUGCCCUCAACAACAAGCAGCACUACCUCCUCCAAGAAGAAGUUCCGUAACAUCCGGCGGAAAUCCAUGCCGAUUCUUCACGAGCACUUCGAGCCGGGCACCAUGAUCCGCUCGAUGCGUGCACACCAGGAUAGCAUCACUGCUCUUGACUUCGACGCCCCAUUCGGCCUGAUGGUCUCGGCCGCCAUGGACGACUCCGUCCGGGUAUGGGAUCUCAACGCAGGGCGCUGCAUCGGCGUGCUGGAGGGCCACACGGCCUCGGUCCGCACACUCCAGGUCGAGGAUAACAUCCUGGCGACGGGCUCCAUGGAUGCCACUAUCCGGCUGUGGGACCUGAGCAAGGCGCACUACGACCCGCAAGGCAGCCAGUUCGGGAAAGAGGAAGACGACGAAGACGCCAUCGCGUUCGAGAACCCCGACGACCAGCCCGUUGACCCACCCGCCGGCAGCAUGUCCGACUGCCCGAUGUUUACGCUGCAGUCCCACUUGGACGAGAUCACAGCACUGCAUUUCCGCGGUAAUGUGCUCGUGUCCGGGUCGGCCGACAAGACGCUGCGGCAGUGGGAUCUGGAGAAGGGGCGGUGCGUGCAGACGCUGGAUGUCAUGUGGGCCGCCGCGCAGGCCUCGGCGCUCUCAACGAACGACAACACCUGGCGACAGACCACCCGGGCGCCGGAUGUGGCGGCCGAUUUUGUCGGUUCGCUGCAGGUGUUUGAUUCGGCGCUGGCGUGCGGCACCGCAGAUGGCAUGGUCCGGCUGUGGGAUCUACGUAGUGGCCAGGUCUCCCGUAGCCUCGUGGGCCAUACGGGGCCGGUGACGUGCCUGCAGUUUGAUGACGUGCAUUUGGUGACGGGUAGCUUGGACAGGAGCAUACGGAUAUGGGACCUGCGCACCGGGUCAAUCUACGAUGCUUUUGCGUACGACCAUCCUAUCACGAGCAUGAUGUUUGACACCCGCCGCAUUGCGUGUGCCGCCGGCGAGGACGUGGUCAAGGUGUACGACAAGGUCGAAGGGCGGCACUGGGACUGCGGCGCGGGCAUGACCGAGGCCGAGCAGGAGAGGCCACCCGCCGUGGUGGAGCGGGUGCGCAUCCGCGACGGAUACAUGGUCGAGGGCCGCCGGGACGGCAUCGUUGGAGUCUGGACAUGCUGA